AAUGCGCGGUUGAGUUUCGUACAAUUUUCGCUUAGCGCGCUUAAGCAAUUCGAAUCGGUGAAAUUAACAUUUUGCAUUUCUUAAAUACAAAAACGAGGUGGUGUUAAGUGUGUUUGCAUUUCUAAUUGAAUGCAUGUGCACCAACAACCACAUAAUACAUAAAUUCAUUAAUGAAAAAAGUGUGUCGUUGAAACGGUUCAAAUUGAUUUUGUAUUUUUUUUUGUUUGUUUUCGAACUGAUUUUCAAUGGCGGUGUAUCGCAGCAAAAUGCGUUCAUUUGGUAGCGUAUCCUUUUGUUCGUCUAUUUUUGGGCCAAUUUUAUUCCUGCUACUGGUGCAGUGGUGCUGUGUUGCUGUCACCACCGCUUACGAGGAGAAUGAUAAAUUUUGCAUACGCACUCAACCGAUGCUGCUGGCGGAUAUUGAGAAGCAUGUAAAUCCUUUGGACGGUGAUCCCAAUUGCAAAGUGCUGGCCACAACGCUAACCGUGAAGGAGAAGGAAAGUUUCCUGGCGACCAUGUGUAAGGAUCACGGCACGUCCUAUAAGGAUACCUAUUAUUUCUUCAAACUACGCAAUGGUGAACUAAGUGGACGGGGAACGCACAAAGAGAUUUGCGAUGGCAUGAGAAAUCCUUUGCUUGCCUGGGUGCCGUAUAAUAUGGUUUUGGAGAAUUUCGUGCAGGAAUUGAAUCCGAAAGAGCAACUGAGCUAUAUUGGCAAGGCAACUGAUGUGGAUCGCGAAAAGACGGAACUCUGUCACUUCAGUCAUACCGAUCUCGUUACGAACAUCACAGCAGAUCUAUUUGCGUGCAUCGUCAUGAUUUUCGAAGACAACUUUUAUGGUCAAGAUGCCAACAUCAACGUGCUAGUCGAAAUAAAUCCUAUUAUGUACGAACUGCGCAACAUCACCUACUUGCCCUGGAUCAAUGUUUCGACCAGCUACAAGACUUUGCUCGAUCGAACAGUGCUUCACAAUCCAAAUCGCGAAUCAAAACAAAUUUAUGGCAGCAUAAAAUAUGGCUUCGUCGAGAAGGUACAUCUGAAUGUAAGCACCAUUUAUAGCCACAAUUUGGACCGAUUGCCGCUGCUGUUCGAACAUGCGGGUGCUGUGCUGGAAUUGAAUGACGUCGGUGUGGGUGGUGUGGAAGUCUCAACGAAAGCCUAUUUCGGCCGCUUUAUGGAUGCGCGCACUUCAGUGAAUGUGGAAGUGAUCGGUCAGUGGGCUGAGCAUCAUCAGCAGUUCAAUGCCGAUGUUUUCGAAUAUUUCGGUUAUGGCAUUAAACGCUACCGCAAUGAAAUCCAUCAUGGUGAAGUUACAUUUACGCGCAUAGAGAGUGCCGAACCAGUUUAUGAAACACCAGAUUCCAAACACCUUGCGGCGUCCACCUUACACAAUAUGGGGGGUAAUAAAUUCGAACGCAUGGAAAUGGCUGAUGGGGAGAAUGGUACGCAAAUGGCAGGCUGGGAUGAUGAAGAGCUUUCCGGGUCAUCGCAUGACGGUCAUCCGUACCCGGGCUUCUAUCCGUGGUUCGUAGUGGGCACCAUUGUGGUAGCGGUGGUGCUGUUGACGGUAGUGAUCGGCAUGGUGCGCGCUUGGAGUAAGAUUGAGGAGAAAAAACUCUACAAAUUGGCCGCUAGCUCUGCUUAAGCGGAGGCGGGGCAUAUAUGAAGCUGAUAAGCAGAGAUAAUGCGUGGAGCGCAUCGAAAGUUAUUUUUAUUGAAUAGGUAUUAUCGAAGAUAUUAAUAUAUGUAUGUAUGGAUGUAUAUUUAUAGUACAUAGUAAAUAUAUGUGUGUGUAUAUUUUACGAAGACGAUAAAAAGU